CCGGCCUGGCGGGGCCGCGCCGGGCGUGCGUACGGGCAGGCGGGGCUGCCCACAAGAAGCCGGAAGCGGUCGCGACGCCAGCGUGGGCGGCCGGCCGCGGCGGAGGCGCCGGGAGGCGGUGGCGGGUCGCGUGGGGCGACUCUCCGCGCUCAGCAUUAUGGAUCCAAGCCUGCUGAAAGAACGGGAGUUAUUCAAAAAACGAGCUCUUUCUACUCCUGUGGUAGAAAAACGUCCAGUAUCUUCUGAAGCAUCAUCAUCAUCAUCAUCAUCAUCAUCGAAGAAGAAGAAGGCAAAGCUAGAACAUGGAGGAUCAUCAGGCUCUAAACAAAUUUCUGAUCAUAGCAAUGGAUCAUUUAACUUGAAAGCUCUAUCAGGAAGCUCUGGAUAUAAGUUUGGCGUUCUUGCUAAGAUUGUGAAUUACAUGAAAACGAGGCAUCAGCAAGGAGAUACACAUCCUCUAACUUUAGAAGAAAUCUUGGAUGAAACACAACAUCUAGACAUUGGACUAAAGCAGAAACAAUGGCUAAUGACUGAGGCUUUAGUCAAUAAUCCAAAAAUUGAAGUAAUAGAUGGAAAGUAUGCCUUCAAACCCAAGUACAAGGUGAAAGAUAAGAAGUCACUACUUAGACUCUUAGAUAAUCAUGACCAGCGGGGCUUAGGAGGAAUUCUUUUAGAAGACAUAGAGGAAGCAUUGCCCAAUUCCCAGAAAGCAGUCAAGGCUUUAGGGGACCAGAUACUAUGUGUAAAUCGUCCUGAUAAGAAGAAAGUUCUUUUCUUCAAUGAUAAGAGCUGUCAGUUUACUGUGGAUGAAGAGUUUCAGAAACUGUGGAGGAGUGUCACCGUGGAUUCAAUGGAUGAAGAGAAAAUUGAGGACUAUCUGAAACGACAGGGUAUUUCUUCCAUGCAAGAUUCUGGACCAAAGAAAGUGGCCCCAAUUCAGAGAAGGAAAAAGCCUGCUUCACAGAAAAAGCGACGGUUUAAGACUCAUAACGAACACAUGGCUGGAGUGCUAAAGGACUACUCUGAUAUUCAACCUAGCAAAUAGUGAGCAGUUUUGUCUGUGAGCAGAGUUACAGAUGGAAAGUCAAGAUCUUUCUUGUUGAUGCUGUGAUCUGAAGACUCUCUUCCCAUUCUGUUCCUUAGGACUGAAGAGAGGAACAGUUCCAGUUUACAUACAAAUUCAAAUUCAAAUUUAAUUGAAUGGCCAAUGAGAAGUAUGAUACUCCUGGUUAACCUGUUAUUUCUUGAGGCUUGGAUAGUGAAGACGCUUAGCAUGGAAUGCAGGUGUCUUUGCUUUUUCUCUUGAAAGUUGUCUCUGGUUCCAUUUUUCCUUUUAUUACUUUAGAACAAGUUAUCAAAGUCUUGUGUGCGCUAAAAGAACAUAUUUAUAAUAAAAUUGUAGGAGGUGCUCUUAGAUUGUGAAUUCAGUUUGUUUCUUUCCAUUUGGUCACAGCAGUAGACAGCUCUUGUCUUAGACUUUCAAGGGCUCAUGUCUGGGAUAUUGUUGAAGAUUGUGACCUGUGUGACCAGUGAUGUGUUGCUGAGCAUAGGGAUUUCACAAUUGGAUGAUAAGGUGUGUCUCUUAUUUACAAGUGAAGCAAUAAAGAUACACUACAUGUAAUAUUUAAUAUUUUCUUUUGAAAAGUUAAACUGGUUUUAGCCUCUUGGACUUUACAAGUAAUAGUCUGGCCCUCUGCAGCAAGGAUGGAUAGAGUCUUCUUGCCAACCUGAACAUCAGCUUUCCCAUGUCACCCUUCAUGGAACUUGACCCUGAGGUUCUUCUGGUGGAGACACCUUUUUCUCCCCGUCAUUGGUGAGCUCAUGGGAGUCAUUGUCAAAUAUGUGCGGAUUCUUAGUUAUGGUGACUUAAGAGAAGUCUCUGUAGUCAUUUUAGCCUUUGGCAAACUAUCCUUUUUCCUUAUCUGUGCUUGUUAUGUAGUCUGUUGGGCUUAUUUGGGUUCAUUGUUGGUCUCCCUAUCAUAAAUUGAAAAUUCUAGCAGAUUAUAGAAACAAGGUUCAGUGUUCUCAAAAAAAGCAUAAUGGUAACCCAAAGCAGUAAGGACUUUGUGCAAAUGACAAGGGGCCUUUUUGCUGUGUUCUUUUUAUCCUUUCUAUAUGCUUCUCAUUCAUUUACAGUGACAUCUUACUUUCUUAUAUCCAAGCUCCAAAACACAGCAUGAGAAGAUAUUGAUAGAAGUUGGAGACUUCUGGGCAUAAUUUAGAACAUGGCAGACAGCCUGUCUUUCUUUAUAGCAGAGGUUUCUGCUGGUAAGGAGAAACUUUAAUGUGUUAUGUCAUAAAACUAGUUUUUCUGUUAUUAAAAAAAAAAAAAGGCUGGAGCUGGUUGCUUUUUGUGGUCUAGGCACCAUCCUGUUUUGUGAGCUAGGUCUGCAGAUAAAUUUUGGACAUCUCAAACACUUCAUGUUUUGUGUGGAAACAGACACCACUUCCUCUGUCACAGGUUCAAAG